GUGCAAUGUGCUCUAGUUCGUCAUCGGUUCGACCUACGCGGAGUUGUAUUGUUUUGCGUAUAAAGUGGGAUUCCAAGCUCGUCGAGGCUCGUCCAGUACGUGCCGCUCUUUUAUCACGGAGUUUCGCCCGUAUCGAUCGACCAGUCGUUGCAACAACCAGUUCCCGCUAGACAGUCGCUUGGAAUCAUUCGCAGACGUACCUUCGCACGAUAUCACGGUCAAGGUGGAGCUUUCGACGGAUCUAAGAUGACAACCAUCAACCAGGCUGGUUGUUCACCAACCUGGAAGAUUUGCACAAUUCUUCUGUUAGUCUGCAAGUUCGCGGCCGCGAAUACACAGACCUUCGUCGUGAGCAAUACCGUAGAUGAUCAGAUCGGUAAAGAUUUCUUCGUGGGACCCUGUCUAGUUAAUAUUAAUCAGACCUGUCCCGACGAAGAAGUGACGUUCUUUCUCUUUACAAAACACAAUCCAGAAGAGGGACAACAAUUACUUGUGAACGACACCAGCUCAAAUCUUGCCGAUACCAAUUUCAUAGCGGCGUUGCCUACGAAGAUUAUCGUUCAUGGUUACAAUUCGGAUAUGCAGCUAAGUUACUUGGUGGAUGUUAAGAACGAGUACUUAAAGAGGGCCAGUUACAAUGUCAUAGCGAUCGAUUGGCACCGUUUGGCGAUAGGACCUUGUUACCCCAUAGCUGUCCACAACGUGCCUCACGUGGGCGACUGUCUGGCACAGCUGGUUGACCGUCUGAGAGACUACGGUGCCAAGGACAUUCACGUGAUCGGCUUCAGUUUAGGCGCCCAUGUUCCAGCUUUCGCGGCCAACGUACUACGACCGUACAAACUUACGAGAAUCACCGGUCUCGAUCCGGCAAUGCCGCUUUUCAUUACCGUCAAUAAGGACGAGAAGCUUGACUCGAGCGAUGCCGAAUUCGUCGACGUGUUACACACGAAUGCCUUCAUUCAGGGCAAAAUCGAACCGAGCGGUCAUAUUGACUUUUACAUGAAUGGUGGUGUCAAUCAACCUGGUUGCUGGGAACAUGGAAAUCCCUUCGGAUGCAACCACCACAGGGCGACAGAGUACUUUUGCGAAUCGAUCAACUCGAAAGUCGGUUUUUGGGGCUGGCCCUGUCCCGGUUUUGUAGCUUAUCUUCUGGGUCUCUGUCCGCCCAAAUUUCCCGCGGUGCUGAUGGGUGAGGAUGUCAAUAGGAAGUAUCGGGGUUUUCAUCUGGUGAAGACGAAGGCGCAUAGUCCAUACGCGGAAGGAAUGUUCACGGUGGAGGAUUUUUAUCAGCAGAAUCUUUAUCAGUGAUUGCGACAGUAACUCACUUGAACAUUUUUUUCUCUAGAUAGAGAAAGAUUACAUUACGAAGACUAUAUUUUGAUGAAACGUGAAAAUAUGGAUAUCUUACCGCAAAAACGAAAAAGAUUCUUUCUGUUAACUCCUCCUCGCGUGUCAGGAAAUUCGAAAUAUCUCGACGGUGCCAAGUAUUUUAUCAUAGGAGGACAUAUUGUAAGUUAUUCAGUCAUAAUAAACUCUAAAUAGAAAUACAUUCAAAGAUACAUGAGUCUUUGAAAGAAAGACAUAUA